AUGCGCACAAGGAUCGCAGCAGCACAGUACACCUGUAAAGCACGGAAGCUUGCACUCAGUGUGUUGGUUGAGAAUUCACUAUUGUUAAAAUAAAAUGCCGCUUUUUGGAGGUUCCUCACCCUUUGAUCAAGAUGUUGAAAAAGUCACAAAUGAGGCCAACACCAGCGAGGACUGGGGCCUUAUCAUGGACAUAUGUGAUCGAGUCACCGGUCAGCCGCAAGCAGCUAAAGAUGUCUUAAAGUCGAUUAUAAAAAGAGUCAGACACCCAGUCACCCAAGUAUGCACACAAGCACUCACACUACUAGGGGCUUGUGUCAGUAACUGCGGCAAGACGUUCCACUUGGAGUUGUGCACCCGGGAUUUUAUGACAGAGGCUAGGAAUGUUGUCAGCAAGGGUAGUCACAAAGUAUCUGAGAAGAUGAGAGGGCUAAUCAAAGAAUGGGCAGAGGAGUUCAAGAAUGACCCACAACUCAAUUUGAUGGUUCAGUUGUAUGACAGCCUUAAAGCAGAAGGGUACGAUUUCCCUUCAGUGGCUCACACAGCUUCACAGCCCUCAAAGCCACCCCCAGCUAGCAAUCCUGUUCCAGCAUCGUCACGACAAGAGGAAGACGACAUUGCAAAGGCAAUCCAGCUCUCGCUGCAAGAGGAAAAAGCCAAAACCAGCACCCUCUACCCCUCUGCAAAUCUUUACGCCAGCGUGACGCCUACUGCGUCUGCCACCACAACGCGGCGGGAGUCCCGAAAAGUCAAAGCACUCUACGACUUUGAGGCAGCGGAAGACAAUGAGCUAACCUUCAAAGCUGGAGAACUAAUCAGUGUCUUAGAUGACAGUGACGCCAAUUGGUGGAAGGGAGAGAACUUUCGAGGCACCGGGUUGUUUCCAUCAAACUUUGUCACUGCCGAUUUAACUGCUGAGACGGAUGCAGACAUUAGGGAAAGGGAGAAGAAAGUGUCAUUUGACGAGUCGGUGGAGGUGAGGACAAUUGAGGCUAUGACCCCCGAGGUGGUGGAGAUUGAUGAGGGUCAGAUGGAUCAGUGUCUGGAUAUGCUGCAGAAUGCAGACCCCACUGAGCAGAGACCAGACACACAAGAGAUGUUGGUGCUAGAAGACACCUGUAAGAGAAUGAACCCACUCAUUGAUCAAGAACUGGAAGGAGUGGACCGGGAGCACAUGGAUUUAACGGCCCUCAAUGCCAAGCUGAUGGACGCUUUCUCCAUGUACCAUGGGCUCAUGAAGGAAGCACCAGUCUACGGGUACUCACUCAAGACCAUGAAUAUGCCACAGCAGGGCGUGGCCAGGCAAUACCAGCCGGGCGUGACCGGGCCGGGCAUGCCAGGAUAUGGCGAGGUGCCGUACGGUGCACCCCCACAGGGUAUGUACGCACCCCCUGGGGUACAAGGUCAGAUGGGUCAGCCCAUUAUGCAGCAAGGGGGUGAGAUGGCCAUGCCGCAGGGGCAGGUACCUGGAGGGAUGAUGACGCAAGGAAACCACCCCAUGACAAUGGCACAACCUGGACAGGCCAUGUACUCACAUGCCCAGCAGCCCUACCAGACCCAGCCUGCACCCAUGGCCCAGGGCAACAUGGCCCCCUACCAAGCGCCGCCCCAGAACUCCAUGCACCCGAUGGGUGGCAACACCUCCACCUCCUUCAGCGUCCAGAGCAGCGUGCCAGCAGGUGUACAGGGCCCACCCGUCAUGCAGCAGAACUACAGCGGGGUACCAGCUGGCCCGCAGCCUCCCCCACCCAUGGGCGUUCACCCGCCUCAGCAGCACCAUCAGCAGCAGCAAUCCAUGUUAAUGUGAUCUGCAACUGGCUUGGCAUACCGGUUAGAAACUGAACCCAUUUUCACACAACUAGCAAGCUCAGAAAUUUGAGUAUGGAAAAUAUCUGCUCUGAAAAUAAAACGGAUCCCAAACAAACUGACCUGUUAUAUACAUACAUGUAGCUCAUGCAUGGUUCUCAGUUUUUUUUUGCCUGCCGACUUGCUGAGCACUGUUCCCAGCUUCGUCCAAUUCUGAAGAUGGGCCCAGAGCUGCCAGUAGCUGUACUCCAAAGAGCUGAUAAACACAUUAAAUUGCUAACCAGAAAGACAACUGGACAGAAAUUGUGUGUAAUGAGUGUAGAUUGUCAUGUACAUUUUUUCCAUUAAAGCUGGCUAAGCAGUAAUUCAGGCCAUUUUCAUCAAAGAACGUUGACCAGUUUUGCAACUCUGAGGAAAUUAGUUUUGGGGCUUUGGGCCCAUUCUUUUAGGGAUCGUCUCAGAAGCCAGAUGUUCCUAUUCCUACUGAACACUGAGGAUUGAUUGGAAUGUUCUAUAGCAUUCUAACUUUUGAUACACCCCCCUAAAAGUGGUCAGCCAGCUUUAUUUGAUUUGAACAAACUUUUGCAAGCAAAACCUGCAUAUUUUGACUUGUUACUGGGCAAAGGAUUGUAACAUGCACACUGCAGUAAAUUGGUUCCCCACAAUUUUUGCCUGGCAGAAAAACUUGUAUUUGGCCCAUAAUCAAGACGUGCCAUCUCAAAACCUGGGAAGAUUUCAGCAAUACCCAUCUGUAUGUAGGUCUUGUGCUUGCUAUGGUAACAUGAGUUUCAACCUAGUUGCGUUGCUCGGUAGCUAUGUUCAAGAGGAAUAACUACUGAACGUGGUUUGGAUGGUGAUUUUAAUUAACUUUGCGCUUCAAAUUUGUAUAUGUAAAGAAAUUCAAAUUGGAACAAAUUCUAAGCUGAUGGAAAAAAAUUCCUUUACAUUUAGAACUGUAACUUAGCAACGCAGCUUCAUAUUUUGUACAUAACACAGAUGUCAUGUAUUCUCUGUCAAGUUGUGUGUUACUGUGCUGACCGCUGGCAUAAUUAUAUUGAUAAAGAGACAUUCUAGAAGAACUAAUCAUAGAAAAUAAUUUGUUCCCAAAAAGUUGCAGACAUUUAAAAUUAUGGAUGCCAUGUUUUUGCUUAUUCUACACAGUUCAUAUGCAAGGACAGAAGUCAGUGUCUUUUAAUCUGUUCUUGGAAAUAGUCUCGUGCUUGUGUCUCCAAAUCCCAUUGGUUACUUUGCCACUGGUGAAGGGAAGCAUUAUAACAGAGGUUGCCAUGGGGGACAAGACUUCAUUAAAUAUGUACACUAAAGCUUGUUGCCUUAAAACAUUGCCAAUUCUUCAUUUCAGAUGAUGCGCUUAUCCCAAAGAAAUCAGGCUGAAAUGAUGUCAUGUUUCCAAUUGCCUAAAAGCCUAUUCAGGCAACGCAUUAAUAAACAUCAGUCAAAAAGUUUAGUUGGUACCUUAUUUGACGACUAUAAAACACUUAUUAAUAGUAGUUAUUGGCCAGUUCACGUGAGGUCACUUUUGUUUUUAAUUGAUAGUAAACUUACAUUCUCUUUCAACACACUGCAUAAUUAUGUGGAUUGGUCACGGAUCAGAUAACAUGUACGUUGCAAAAUUAAGCAAUGUGAUGGCACCACUAUUGGCUAGGUGUUUCAACAAGCUCAAAUAUUGAAUGGCAUUGCUUUUCAAAUGUCUGGAAAAUGAGAGAAUGUCUGCAGAUAAUGACAAGUGAGUUUCUACCUAGAUUAUUUAAUUUAAUCACAAUAUUGUUAUGUUAUAACAUAUCAAACUGUACAUAGCCGCACCCAAAAAAGCAUAUGUAUAAAUAUGUGAAAUAAUUUUACUGUGUUAUUGCAUUCAAACAUAGCAUAUAAGUUUUUAAAUUUUGCAUUGUCUCAUUCAUUAGCCAUGUUUCAUUGAAAAAUUCACAGUUGUAAUUUCUUGGUCCAUAUUGGCUCCUUGCCCUUAUUUUGUUAGGAAGAUUUGAUAGAAAAAACCUGCAAUUGAAUUUUGCCCUUCCCAAAGGCAAACUGUGGAGAAACUGCUGGACAUUUCUGAACAGUAGACCCCUAACAGUUGGUGCUUGGUAAUAGCAAGGAGCUAUUAUAAUAAUAUAUAUCCAAUGUAAUAGCUCCAUGGUAAUAGUGCCUUUUCAUGGCAAGGAACCAUUGAGAAAAUGUGGCAAUCCCUAUACUUGCAUUGUCCCUAUAUCAGCCAGUUCUGUAUCCAUUUCAGUGUCAGUAAUUUAAAGGCAUAGUUCAGUUCUGAAAUUUCUCGAGAUCCACUAUUGAAACAGUCUCGGUGAAGUGAACAAAAUAUGUCCGAAGGAUUUGAAACUGUUCUUAGUGCAAUUUGAUGUCAUCCUGACGAAUUAAGAAUGUGUUUUACCCCCUUGGUAGUGCAUACAUGUACAACCAUCGUCAAAGUUAUUUGUGACAAAUUGAAACCCGAAACCCCAAAUGCUGUGAACUCGUUUGAGGAAAGGCUGUUUACUUCUGCUUGAAUUUUAAGAGUUAUGUUCUCAAAACGAACGAAAUGAUAACCGUUUAAAUUUUGCUUAAUAGUUUGAUUAUAGCUCAAACAAUGGAAUUCUUGUUUUUCGUUAAAUACCUAUUCAUGGCAAAAACAAAUUGUGUAUUAUCAGUAUAAAACCUUUUGGGAAAAUAUAUUAAACUUGUCUGAUGUCGGAAAGAA